CAUCAAUCCUAGGAUCUCAAUCCAAAUUGAACAUUUCUUUUUCUACUGCAAAAAAAACUGAAAUCAAAAUCAAAAUACAAAAAUGAACAUGAAAAUUGCUACCAUUUUGAUUGUCACCUUAUUCGUUGCCAUCACAUUGGCCGAUCCAAUUCAACAAACCUGUCAUGAUAAUGAAGAAUGGAAAGAAUGUGGAACAAAAUGUCCGGAUACAUGUCUGAAUCGUGAUAUUAAAAAUCGUGCCUGCAUUAAAAUGUGUGUUACCGGUUGUUUCUGUCGCGAUGGUUUCAUUCGUUUAGGUUAUGAUAUGACCGGCGGUAUUGGCCAUUGUGUACCAGUGGAUUAUUGUGAUCUGAUACCACGAAAUUAGAUUGUUGUUGAUGAUGAUGAUGAUGAUGAUGAUCCGAGAAUUUUCAAAAAUAAAAAUUUUUUUAUGAAAAAACAAACAUGAAAAUGAAUGAUUUAUUGUCAUUGAGAUUACUU